GGGACCGAGCGGACCGCCGGCUGCAGGCAGCGAGCGCGGCUGGGCUGCGGGGCUGCUUCACCGCGUCCUCCGGGCCCGGGCCGCCCUCCUCCCGCACAGUGCGGCGCGGGGAGGCCCCGCGCCUCGACCACCCCCGCCCGAGCGUCUGCGCCUCCUCCUCCGCUCUGCAGGCGGGGACAGCCGGGCGCUCGGCACUCGGCAGCGCGGCCCCCUCCCGCCCCCGGCUCCCGACAGCAGAAGCAGCCGGCAGCGCCAGGGGCCGCCGCCGCCGCCGGGCUCCGCGGGGCUCGGGAGCCGGCCCCGGCCAGGAGGCGCGGAACCAUGGCCGAUGGGGGCGAGGGCGAAGACGAGAUCCAGUUCCUGCGAACUGAUGAUGAAGUGGUUCUGCAGUGCACCGCAACCAUCCACAAAGAACAACAGAAACUAUGCUUGGCAGCAGAAGGAUUUGGCAACAGACUUUGUUUCUUGGAGUCCACUUCCAAUUCCAAGAAUGUGCCCCCAGACCUCUCCAUCUGCACCUUUGUGCUGGAGCAGUCCCUCUCUGUCCGGGCCCUGCAGGAGAUGCUGGCUAACACCGUGGAGAAAUCAGAAGGGCAAGUUGAUGUGGAAAAAUGGAAAUUCAUGAUGAAGACUGCUCAAGGUGGUGGUCAUCGAACACUCCUCUACGGACAUGCCAUAUUGCUGCGCCAUUCCUACAGUGGCAUGUAUCUGUGCUGCCUGUCCACCUCCCGGUCUUCAACUGAUAAGCUGGCUUUUGAUGUUGGCUUGCAAGAGGACACCACAGGGGAGGCUUGUUGGUGGACCAUACACCCUGCCUCUAAGCAGCGAUCAGAAGGAGAAAAAGUACGAGUUGGAGAUGACCUCAUCUUAGUUAGCGUGUCCUCUGAAAGGUACUUGCACUUGUCUUACGGCAAUGGCAGCUUACACGUGGAUGCCGCUUUCCAGCAGACUCUCUGGAGCGUGGCCCCAAUCAGCUCAGGAAGUGAGGCAGCCCAAGGGUAUCUCAUUGGUGGUGAUGUCCUCAGGUUGCUGCAUGGACACAUGGACGAGUGUCUCACUGUCCCUUCAGGAGAACAUGGUGAAGAGCAGCGGAGAACCGUUCAUUACGAAGGUGGCGCUGUGUCUGUUCAUGCACGUUCCCUUUGGAGACUAGAGACACUAAGAGUUGCGUGGAGUGGAAGCCACAUAAGAUGGGGCCAGCCGUUCCGACUACGCCAUGUCACAACAGGAAAAUACUUGAGUCUCAUGGAAGACAAAAACCUUCUACUCAUGGACAAAGAGAAAGCUGAUGUAAAAUCAACAGCAUUUACCUUCCGGUCUUCCAAGGAAAAAUUGGAUGUAGGGGUGAGAAAAGAAGUCGACGGCAUGGGAACAUCUGAAAUAAAAUAUGGUGACUCAGUAUGCUAUAUACAACAUGUGGACACGGGCCUAUGGCUUACUUACCAGUCUGUGGAUGUGAAAUCUGUGAGAAUGGGAUCUAUACAACGUAAGGCUAUUAUGCACCAUGAAGGCCACAUGGAUGAUGGCAUAAGUUUAUCGAGAUCCCAGCAUGAAGAAUCACGCACAGCACGAGUUAUCCGGAGCACAGUCUUCCUUUUCAAUAGAUUUAUAAGGGGCCUCGAUGCGCUCAGCAAGAAAGCGAAGGCUACCACCGUCGAUUUGCCGAUAGAAUCCGUGAGUCUAAGUCUGCAGGAUCUCAUUGGCUACUUUCACCCGCCCGAUGAGCAUUUAGAACAUGAAGACAAACAGAACAGACUACGAGCCCUGAAGAAUCGGCAAAAUCUCUUCCAGGAAGAGGGAAUGAUCAACCUCGUGCUCGAGUGCAUAGACCGAUUGCACGUCUACAGCAGUGCAGCACACUUUGCUGAUGUUGCUGGGCGAGAAGCAGGGGACUCUUGGAAAUCCAUUCUGAAUUCUCUGUAUGAGUUGCUGGCGGCUCUAAUUAGAGGAAAUCCUCCUCCUCCUCCUCCUCCUCCUCCUCCCCUUGACUGGUUGAUCAGCAGAUUGGAAAUCCUUCCUCCUCCUCCUCCCAUUCUGGAAGUUUUACACUGUGUUUUAGUCCUCCUCCUCCUCCUCCUCCUCCUCCUCCAAGAAGGACAUAUUAAAUCCAUUAUCUCAUCCUCCUCCUCCUCCUCCUCCUCCUCCUCCGUAAAUGACCUCCUGUGCUCACUCUGUGUUUGCCAUGGGGUUUCCUCCUCCUCCUCCUCCUCCUCCUCCUCCGACAAUCUCUUACCAGGAAGAGAUCUGUUUCCUCCUCCUCCUCCUCCUCCUCCUCCUCCCAGCAUGAGACCCAAUAUCCUCCUCCUCCUCCUCCUCCUCCUCCUCCAGUAUAAGAAAUGGUACUAUGAAUUGAUGUCCUCCUCCUCCUCCUCCUCCUCCUCCUCCGAAGCAACGCACCUGCGAGUGGGCUGGGCUUCCACUGAAGGGUAUUCUCCCUACCCCGGAGGGGGCGAAGAGUGGGGUGGAAAUGGUGUCCUCCUCCUCCUCCUCCUCCUCCUCCUCCAUGGCCUUCAUCUCUGGUCAGGUUGUAUUGCUCUCCUCCUCCUCCUCCUCCUCCUCCUCCUCCUAAGAACUGAUGAUGUCAUCAGUUGCUGUUCCUCCUCCUCCUCCUCCUCCUCCUCCUCCCGGAUUAAUGGACAACCUGUUCAAGGGAUGUUUGAGAAUUUCAACAUCGAUGGCCUCUUCUUUCCAGUCGUUAGUUUCUCUGCGGGAAUCCUGUUUUCUCUUCUGAUGAAUAUGAUGUCCUCCUCCUCCUCCUCCUCCUCCUCCUCCCCCUUGAAUUCUAAGGUGAUCACAUUAUGUCCUCCUCCUCCUCCUCCUCCUCCUCCUCCUAAAAUUACUUUUGUACUAAUAAUUUUUCUCCUCCUCCUCCUCCUCCUCCUCCUCCUCCUGUACACCAGAGAUAAAACGGACUCUAACUCCUCCUCCUCCUCCUCCUCCUCCUCCUCCUGGGGGGCGACAUGGAGAAUUCAAAUUUCUCCUCCUCCUCCUCCUCCUCCUCCUCCUCCAAGCUGUUCUGCCAAAAGAAAAGUUGAAAUCCUCCUCCUCCUCCUCCUCCUCCUCCUCCAGAACUUACACACGCGACCUGCUGGGCCCUCCUCCUCCUCCUCCUCCUCCUCCUCCUCCACCGAUCCCUGUGGAUACCAGCCAGGUACUCCUCCUCCUCCUCCUCCUCCUCCUCCUCCAUGCAGUCAUUCUGAUACACAGUGGCUUUUCCUCCUCCUCCUCCUCCUCCUCCUCCUCCUUCACAGUGAUACAGUUUCAUACAUUCCUUCCUCCUCCUCCUCCUCCUCCUCCUCCUCCUUCGGUUGUCCUCACCAACACUCCUUUGUUCCUCCUCCUCCUCCUCCUCCUCCUCCUCCGUGUGCACAAAGAAUUCCUCCUCCUCCUCCUCCUCCUCCUCCUCCACUCUGGGUUAUGAAUAAAAUUGAACUUGUCCUCCUCCUCCUCCUCCUCCUCCUCCUCCAAAUUUAUUUUCGGAUUCUGUUAACACAUUCCUCCUCCUCCUCCUCCUCCUCCUCCUCCUCCUGCUUUGGGGUGACAUCAAUCAAUUAUCCUCCUCCUCCUCCUCCUCCUCCUCCUCCUUUUUGUACUGGUGAUGACCUAACGGAGAGUUCUUGCAGUUGUCCUCCUCCUCCUCCUCCUCCUCCUCCUCCCGAGGAGGCUCCUCCUCCUCCUCCUCCUCCUCCUCCUCCCAGUGGUGCAGUGUUGCGAAAGGACACCUCUGCUGUGGUGCGGAGAAGAGGUGGGAAGCCAGGCCAUGUACGCAGGAAGUGUGUCACAUCCUCCUCCUCCUCCUCCUCCUCCUCCUCCUGUAGGGGGCAAAGCAGCAUUGAAAAAUGUCCUCCUCCUCCUCCUCCUCCUCCUCCUCCCUUUCAAAAGAAGCUCUGCUGUGAAUGUGUCCUCCUCCUCCUCCUCCUCCUCCUCCUCCGGGCAGGGAGAGGGCACAGGCACCCCAGGUCCUCCUCCUCCUCCUCCUCCUCCUCCUCCAUAGAGAGCUAUGGUUACAGGAGGUGUUUUCCUCCUCCUCCUCCUCCUCCUCCUCCUCCAGGAAGGGAAUCUGCGCAGAUUUCUCAUUUCAAUUACAACUUACAAAUGUCGCUUGAGACCCUGAAGACUUUGUUGGCAUUAGGAUGUCAUGUGGGUAUAUCAGAUGAACAUGCUGAAGACAAGGUGAAAAAAAUGAAGCUACCCAAGAAUUACCAGCUGACAAGUGGAUACAAGCCCGCCCCUAUGGACCUGAGCUUUAUCAAACUCACCCCGUCUCAAGAAGCAAUGGUGGACAAGUUGGCAGAAAAUGCACACAAUGUGUGGGCGCGGGAUCGAAUCCGGCAGGGCUGGACUUACGGCAUCCAGCAGGACGUAAAGAACAGAAGAAAUCCUCGCCUUGUUCCCUACACUCUUCUGGAUGACCGAACCAAGAAAUCCAACAAGGACAGCCUCCGCGAGGCCGUGCGCACGCUGCUGGGGUACGGUUACAACUUGGAAGCACCAGAUCAAGACCAUGCAGCCAGAGCCGAAGUGUGCAGCGGCACUGGGGAAAGGUUCCGAAUCUUCCGUGCUGAGAAGACUUACGCAGUGAAGGCGGGACGGUGGUAUUUUGAAUUUGAGACGGUCACUGCUGGAGACAUGAGAGUUGGUUGGAGUCGGCCUGGUUGUCAACCGGAUCAGGAGCUCGGCUCGGAUGAACGUGCCUUUGCCUUUGAUGGCUUCAAGGCCCAGCGGUGGCAUCAGGGCAACGAACACUAUGGGCGCUCUUGGCAAGCAGGCGAUGUCGUGGGCUGUAUGGUUGACAUGAACGAACACACCAUGAUGUUCACACUGAAUGGUGAAAUCCUUCUUGAUGAUUCAGGUUCAGAACUGGCUUUCAAGGACUUUGAUGUUGGCGAUGGAUUCAUACCUGUGUGUAGCCUUGGAGUGGCUCAAGUGGGCAGGAUGAACUUUGGAAAGGAUGUCAGCACCUUGAAAUACUUCACCAUCUGUGGCUUACAAGAGGGCUAUGAACCAUUUGCCGUUAAUACAAACAGGGAUAUUACUAUGUGGCUGAGCAAGAGGCUUCCUCAGUUUCUCCAAGUUCCAUCAAACCAUGAACAUAUAGAGGUGACCAGAAUAGACGGCACCAUAGACAGUUCCCCAUGUUUAAAGGUCACUCAGAAGUCUUUUGGUUCUCAGAACAGCCACACUGAUAUCAUGUUCUAUCGCCUGAGCAUGCCGAUCGAGUGCGCGGAGGUCUUCUCCAAGACUGUGGCUGGAGGGCUCCCUGGGGCUGGCCUUUUUGGGCCCAAGAAUGAUUUGGAAGAUUAUGAUGCUGAUUCUGACUUUGAGGUUCUGAUGAAGACAGCUCAUGGCCAUCUAGUGCCCGAUCGUGUUGACAAGGACAAAGAAGCUACCAAGCCAGAGUUUAAUAACCACAAAGAUUAUGCCCAGGAAAAGCCCUCUCGUCUGAAACAAAGAUUUUUGCUUAGAAGAACAAAGCCAGAUUACAGCACGAGCCAUUCUGCAAGACUCACCGAAGAUGUCCUUGCUGAUGAUCGGGAUGAUUAUGAUUUCUUGAUGCAAACGUCCACGUACUAUUACUCAGUGAGAAUCUUCCCUGGACAAGAACCUGCUAAUGUCUGGGUGGGCUGGAUUACGUCGGAUUUCCAUCAGUAUGACACAGGCUUUGACUUGGACAGAGUUCGCACAGUAACAGUUACUCUAGGAGAUGAAAAAGGAAAAGUGCAUGAAAGCAUCAAACGCAGCAACUGCUAUAUGGUAUGUGCGGGUGAGAGCAUGAGCCCCGGGCAAGGACGCAACAAUAAUGGACUGGAGAUCGGCUGUGUGGUGGAUGCUGCCAGCGGGCUGCUCACGUUCAUUGCCAAUGGCAAGGAACUGAGCACAUACUAUCAGGUGGAGCCGAGUACAAAAUUAUUUCCUGCGGUUUUUGCACAAGCUACAAGUCCCAAUGUUUUCCAGUUUGAGUUGGGAAGAAUAAAGAAUGUGAUGCCUCUCUCGGCGGGAUUAUUCAAGAGUGAGCACAAGAACCCCGUGCCGCAGUGCCCCCCGCGCCUCCACGUGCAGUUCCUGUCACACGUGCUGUGGAGCAGAAUGCCCAACCAGUUUUUGAAGGUAGAUGUGUCUCGAAUAAGUGAACGCCAAGGCUGGUUGGUGCAGUGUUUGGAUCCUCUGCAGUUCAUGUCUCUUCAUAUCCCUGAGGAAAACAGAUCUGUUGACAUCUUGGAGUUGACAGAGCAGGAGGAGUUGCUGAAAUUUCACUAUCACACUCUGCGGCUCUACUCAGCUGUCUGUGCUCUUGGGAACCAUCGGGUGGCCCACGCCCUGUGCAGCCACGUGGAUGAACCUCAGCUCCUCUACGCCAUUGAGAACAAGUACAUGCCUGGCUUGCUGCGUGCUGGCUACUAUGACCUGCUGAUCGACAUCCACCUGAGCUCCUAUGCCACUGCCAGGCUCAUGAUGAACAACGAGUACAUUGUCCCCAUGACGGAGGAGACGAAGAGCAUCACCCUGUUCCCUGAUGAGAACAAAAAGCAUGGCCUUCCAGGGAUCGGCCUCAGCACCUCCCUCAGGCCACGGAUGCAGUUUUCCUCCCCCAGUUUUGUAAGUGUUAGUAAUGAAUGUUACCAGUACAGUCCAGAGUUCCCACUGGAUAUCCUCAAGGCCAAGACCAUACAGAUGCUGACGGAAGCUGUUAAAGAGGGCAGUCUUCAUGCGCGGGACCCAGUUGGAGGGACUACUGAAUUCCUCUUUGUGCCUCUCAUCAAGCUUUUCUAUACCCUGCUAAUCAUGGGCAUCUUCCACAACGAGGACUUGAAGCACAUCUUGCAGCUGAUCGAGCCCAGUGUGUUUAAAGAAGCGGCCACUCCAGAGGAGGAGAGUGAUACGCUGGAGAAAGAGCUCAGUGUGGAUGACGCAAAGCUGCAAGGAGCUGGUGAGGAAGAAGCCAAGGGUGGCAAGCGGCCCAAGGAAGGCCUGCUCCAAAUGAAACUGCCAGAGCCAGUUAAAUUGCAGAUGUGCCUACUGCUUCAAUACCUCUGUGACUGCCAGGUCCGGCACCGGAUAGAAGCCAUUGUAGCCUUUUCAGACGAUUUUGUAGCUAAGCUCCAAGACAAUCAACGUUUCCGGUACAACGAAGUUAUGCAAGCCUUAAACAUGUCAGCUGCACUCACAGCCAGGAAAACAAAGGAAUUUAGAUCACCACCUCAAGAGCAGAUCAAUAUGCUUCUCAAUUUUAAGGAUGACAAAAGUGAAUGUCCGUGUCCAGAAGAAAUUCGUGACCAACUAUUGGAUUUCCAUGAAGAUUUGAUGACGCAUUGUGGAAUUGAGCUGGAUGAAGAUGGGUCUCUGGAUGGAAACAGUGAUUUAACAAUUAGAGGGCGUCUGCUAUCCCUGGUAGAAAAGGUGACAUACCUGAAGAAGAAGCAAGCAGAAAAACCAGUUGAGAGUGACUCCAAAAAGUCCUCCACUCUGCAGCAGCUGAUCUCUGAGACCAUGGUCCGAUGGGCUCAGGAGUCUGUCAUUGAAGACCCCGAGCUGGUGAGGGCCAUGUUUGUGUUGCUCCAUCGGCAGUAUGAUGGCAUUGGGGGUCUUGUUCGGGCCCUGCCAAAGACCUACACGAUAAAUGGUGUGUCCGUGGAGGAUACCAUCAACCUGCUGGCGUCCCUUGGUCAGAUUCGGUCCCUGCUGAGUGUGAGAAUGGGCAAAGAAGAAGAGAAGCUUAUGAUUCGUGGAUUAGGGGAUAUUAUGAAUAACAAGGUGUUUUACCAGCACCCUAAUCUCAUGAGGGCACUGGGGAUGCAUGAGACUGUGAUGGAGGUCAUGGUGAACGUCCUUGGAGGUGGAGAGUCCAAGGAAAUCACCUUUCCCAAGAUGGUGGCCAACUGUUGCCGUUUUCUCUGUUACUUCUGUCGUAUAAGUAGGCAGAAUCAAAAAGCUAUGUUUGAUCAUCUCAGUUAUUUACUGGAAAACAGCAGUGUUGGUCUUGCCUCCCCAGCUAUGAGAGGUUCAACACCACUGGAUGUGGCUGCAGCUUCGGUGAUGGAUAAUAAUGAACUAGCAUUAGCUCUGCGUGAGCCGGAUCUAGAAAAGGUAGUUCGUUACUUGGCUGGUUGUGGACUGCAGAGUUGCCAGUUGCUGGUGUCUAAGGGUUAUCCAGACAUUGGGUGGAAUCCAGUUGAAGGAGAGAGAUAUCUUGACUUUCUCAGAUUUGCUGUCUUCUGUAAUGGGGAGAGUGUGGAGGAGAAUGCAAAUGUCGUGGUGAGACUGCUUAUUCGGAGGCCUGAGUGUUUUGGUCCUGCUUUGAGAGGAGAAGGUGGGAAUGGGCUUCUUGCAGCAAUGGAAGAAGCCAUCAAAAUCGCCGAGGAUCCUUCUCGAGAUGGUCCCUCACCAAAUAGCGGAUCCAGUAAAACACUUGAUACAGAGGAGGAGGAAGAUGACACUAUCCACAUGGGGAACGCGAUCAUGACCUUCUAUGCAGCUUUGAUUGACCUCUUGGGACGCUGUGCGCCUGAGAUGCAUUUGAUUCAUGCUGGUAAGGGAGAAGCCAUCAGAAUUAGGUCUAUUUUGAGAUCCCUAAUUCCCUUGGGAGAUUUGGUGGGCGUUAUCAGCAUCGCUUUUCAGAUGCCAACAAUAGCCAAAGAUGGGAAUGUGGUGGAACCUGACAUGUCUGCGGGGUUUUGCCCAGAUCACAAGGCAGCCAUGGUUUUAUUCCUUGACAGGGUCUAUGGAAUUGAGGUUCAAGACUUCCUCCUCCAUCUUCUUGAGGUUGGCUUUCUGCCAGAUCUCCGGGCGGCUGCUUCUUUAGAUACGGCGGCUUUGAGUGCUACAGACAUGGCCUUGGCCCUCAAUCGGUACCUUUGCACGGCCGUCUUGCCGUUGCUAACGAGAUGUGCUCCUCUCUUUGCUGGCACAGAGCACCAUGCUUCUCUCAUUGACUCAUUGCUUCAUACUGUGUAUAGACUUUCUAAGGGCUGUUCACUUACCAAAGCUCAGCGGGAUUCUAUAGAAGUUUGUUUGCUCUCUAUUUGUGGACAACUGAGACCUUCUAUGAUGCAGCACUUACUCAGAAGAUUAGUAUUUGAUGUUCCAUUAUUAAAUGAACAUGCAAAGAUGCCUCUUAAACUGCUGACAAAUCAUUAUGAAAGAUGCUGGAAAUAUUACUGCCUGCCUGGAGGGUGGGGAAACUUUGGUGCUGCCUCAGAAGAAGAACUUCAUUUAUCAAGAAAGUUGUUCUGGGGCAUUUUUGAUGCCCUGUCUCAAAAGAAAUAUGAACAAGAGCUUUUCAAACUGGCACUGCCUUGCCUGAGUGCAGUUGCGGGAGCUUUGCCUCCAGACUACAUGGAGUCAAAUUAUGUCAGUAUGAUGGAAAAACAGUCAUCAAUGGAUUCUGAAGGGAACUUUAACCCACAACCUGUUGAUACCUCAAAUAUUACAAUUCCUGAGAAGUUGGAAUACUUCAUUAACAAAUAUGCAGAACACUCGCAUGACAAAUGGUCAAUGGACAAGUUGGCAAAUGGAUGGAUUUAUGGAGAAAUAUAUUCAGACUCUUCUAAGGUUCAACCAUUAAUGAAGCCAUAUAAGCUAUUGUCUGAAAAGGAAAAAGAAAUUUAUCGCUGGCCAAUCAAAGAAUCUUUAAAAACUAUGCUGGCUUGGGGCUGGAGAAUUGAAAGAACUCGGGAGGGAGACAGCAUGGCCCUUUAUAACCGGACUCGUCGUAUUUCUCAGACAAGCCAGGUUUCUGUAGACGCUGCCCAUGGUUACAGUCCCCGGGCCAUUGACAUGAGCAAUGUUACGCUAUCUAGAGACCUGCAUGCUAUGGCAGAAAUGAUGGCUGAAAACUACCAUAAUAUAUGGGCAAAGAAAAAGAAAAUGGAGUUGGAGUCCAAAGGAGGAGGUAACCACCCUCUGCUGGUGCCCUAUGAUACACUGACAGCCAAAGAGAAAGCCAAGGAUAGAGAAAAAGCACAGGACAUCCUCAAGUUCUUGCAGAUCAAUGGAUAUGCUGUAUCCAGAGGAUUUAAGGACCUGGAACUGGACACGCCUUCUAUUGAGAAACGAUUUGCCUACAGUUUCCUCCAACAACUCAUUCGCUAUGUGGAUGAAGCCCAUCAGUAUAUCCUGGAGUUUGAUGGUGGCAGCAGAGGCAAAGGAGAACAUUUCCCUUAUGAACAAGAAAUCAAGUUCUUUGCAAAAGUCGUUCUUCCUUUAAUUGAUCAGUAUUUCAAAAACCAUCGUUUAUACUUCUUAUCUGCAGCAAGCAGACCUCUCUGCUCUGGAGGACAUGCUUCCAACAAAGAGAAAGAAAUGGUGACUAGCCUAUUCUGCAAACUUGGAGUUCUUGUCAGGCAUAGGAUUUCACUAUUUGGCAAUGAUGCAACAUCAAUUGUCAACUGUCUUCAUAUUUUGGGUCAGACUUUGGAUGCAAGGACAGUGAUGAAGACUGGCCUGGAGAGUGUUAAAAGUGCACUCAGAGCUUUUCUGGACAAUGCCGCAGAGGAUCUGGAGAAGACCAUGGAAAACCUCAAGCAGGGCCAGUUCACUCACACCCGAAACCAGCCCAAAGGGGUUACUCAGAUUAUCAAUUACACCACAGUGGCCCUGCUUCCAAUGCUGUCAUCAUUAUUUGAGCAUAUUGGCCAGCAUCAGUUCGGAGAAGACCUCAUAUUGGAAGAUGUCCAGGUGUCUUGUUAUAGAAUUCUGACUAGCUUAUAUGCUUUGGGAACCAGCAAGAGUAUUUAUGUGGAGAGGCAACGUUCUGCGUUAGGAGAAUGUCUUGCUGCGUUUGCUGGUGCCUUUCCUGUAGCAUUUUUGGAAACUCAUCUGGACAAACAUAAUAUUUACUCCAUCUACAAUACCAAGUCUUCUCGAGAAAGAGCAGCUCUCAGUUUGCCAACUAAUGUGGAAGAUGUUUGUCCAAAUAUACCGUCUUUGGAGAAACUCAUGGAAGAAAUCGUGGAAUUAGCUGAGUCCGGCAUUCGCUACACUCAAAUGCCACAUGUCAUGGAAGUCAUACUGCCCAUGCUUUGCAGCUACAUGUCUCGUUGGUGGGAGCAUGGGCCUGAGAACAAUCCAGAACGGGUCGAGAUGUGCUGCACAGCCCUGAACUCAGAGCACAUGAACACACUUCUAGGGAACAUAUUGAAAAUCAUAUAUAAUAACUUGGGGAUUGAUGAGGGAGCCUGGAUGAAGAGGCUAGCAGUGUUUUCCCAGCCUAUAAUAAAUAAAGUGAAACCUCAGCUCUUGAAAACUCAUUUCUUGCCGUUAAUGGAGAAACUCAAGAAAAAGGCAGCCAUGGUAGUGUCUGAGGAAGACCACCUGAAAGCUGAGGCCAGGGGGGACAUGUCAGAGGCUGAACUCCUCAUCCUAGAUGAGUUCACCACGCUGGCCAGAGAUCUCUAUGCCUUCUACCCUCUCUUGAUUAGAUUUGUGGACUAUAACAGGGCAAAGUGGCUGAAGGAGCCUAACCCGGAAGCAGAGGAGCUCUUCCGCAUGGUGGCAGAAGUGUUUAUCUACUGGUCGAAAUCCCAUAAUUUCAAAAGAGAAGAGCAGAACUUCGUUGUACAGAAUGAAAUCAACAAUAUGUCUUUCCUUAUUACUGAUACCAAGUCCAAGAUGUCCAAGGCAGCUGUUUCUGAUCAGGAAAGGAAGAAAAUGAAGCGCAAAGGAGAUCGGUAUUCCAUGCAGACCUCCCUGAUUGUAGCAGCUCUGAAGCGCUUACUGCCCAUUGGGUUGAACAUCUGUGCCCCAGGGGACCAGGAGCUCAUUGCUCUAGCCAAAAAUCGAUUUAGCCUGAAAGAUACUGAGGAUGAAGUACGAGAUAUAAUCCGCAGCAAUAUUCAUUUACAAGGCAAGUUGGAGGAUCCUGCUAUUAGAUGGCAAAUGGCUCUUUACAAAGACUUACCAAACAGGACUGAUGAUACCUCAGAUCCAGAGAAGACGGUAGAAAGAGUAUUGGAUAUAGCAAAUGUGCUUUUUCAUCUUGAACAGAAGUCUAAACGUGUGGGUCGGAGACAUUACUGUCUGGUGGAACAUCCUCAGAGAUCUAAAAAGGCUGUAUGGCAUAAACUACUCUCUAAGCAGAGGAAAAGGGCUGUUGUCGCCUGCUUCCGGAUGGCCCCCUUAUAUAAUCUGCCAAGGCAUCGGGCUGUCAAUCUCUUUCUUCAGGGAUAUGAAAAGUCUUGGAUUGAAACAGAAGAACAUUACUUUGAAGAUAAACUGAUAGAAGAUUUAGCAAAACCUGGGGCUGACCCUCCAGAAGAAGAUGAAGGCACUAAGAGAGUUGAUCCUCUACAUCAGCUGAUCCUUCUGUUUAGUCGGACAGCUUUAACAGAGAAAUGCAAACUGGAGGAAGAUUUUUUGUAUAUGGCCUAUGCAGAUAUUAUGGCAAAGAGUUGUCAUGAUGAGGAAGAUGAUGACGGUGAAGAGGAAGUGAAGAGUUUUGAAGAAAAAGAAAUGGAAAAGCAAAAGCUUCUAUACCAGCAAGCCCGGCUCCACGACCGAGGUGCGGCUGAGAUGGUGCUGCAGACCAUCAGUGCCAGCAAAGGUGAAACUGGACCAAUGGUAGCAGCUACUUUGAAACUUGGAAUUGCUAUUUUAAAUGGUGGGAACUCCACAGUACAGCAGAAAAUGCUUGACUACCUCAAGGAGAAAAAGGAUGUGGGCUUCUUUCAGAGCCUGGCCGGCCUGAUGCAGUCAUGUAGUGUCCUUGACCUAAAUGCAUUUGAGCGACAAAACAAAGCUGAAGGUCUUGGGAUGGUGACAGAGGAAGGAUCAGGAGAAAAGGUUCUACAGGACGAUGAGUUCACCUGUGACCUCUUCCGAUUCCUGCAGCUACUCUGUGAGGGACACAACUCAGAUUUUCAGAAUUAUCUGAGAACUCAGACUGGCAAUAAUACAACUGUCAACAUAAUCAUCUCCACUGUAGACUACCUACUGAGAGUUCAGGAAUCAAUUAGUGACUUUUACUGGUAUUACUCUGGGAAAGAUGUUAUUGAUGAACAAGGACAACGGAAUUUCUCCAAAGCUAUUCAAGUGGCAAAGCAAGUCUUUAACACUCUUACAGAGUAUAUUCAGGGUCCUUGCACUGGGAAUCAACAGAGUUUGGCACACAGCAGGCUGUGGGAUGCUGUGGUCGGCUUUCUUCAUGUAUUUGCCCAUAUGCAGAUGAAGCUGUCGCAGGAUUCCAGUCAAAUUGAGCUUUUAAAAGAAUUAAUGGAUCUGCAGAAGGAUAUGGUGGUCAUGUUGCUGUCCAUGCUAGAAGGUAAUGUUGUUAACGGAACGAUUGGCAAACAGAUGGUGGAUAUGCUUGUGGAAUCUUCCAACAAUGUGGAGAUGAUUCUCAAAUUUUUUGACAUGUUCUUAAAACUGAAAGAUUUGACGUCAUCUGAUACUUUUAAAGAAUAUGACCCCGAUGGCAAGGGAGUCAUUUCCAAGAGGGACUUCCACAAAGCGAUGGAGAGUCAUAAGCACUACACGCAGUCAGAAACGGAAUUUCUUUUGUCUUGUGCGGAGACGGAUGAGAAUGAAACCCUUGACUAUGAGGAGUUCGUCAAACGCUUCCACGAACCUGCAAAGGACAUCGGCUUCAAUGUUGCCGUCCUUCUGACAAACCUCUCUGAGCACAUGCCCAACGAUACCCGACUUCAGACUUUCCUAGAAUUAGCCGAGAGUGUCCUGAAUUAUUUCCAGCCCUUUCUGGGCCGCAUCGAAAUCAUGGGAAGCGCCAAACGCAUCGAGAGAGUCUAUUUUGAAAUCAGUGAGUCUAGCCGAACCCAGUGGGAGAAGCCCCAGGUCAAGGAGUCCAAACGACAGUUCAUAUUUGAUGUGGUCAAUGAGGGAGGAGAAAAAGAGAAGAUGGAACUCUUUGUGAACUUCUGCGAGGACACCAUCUUCGAAAUGCAGCUGGCAGCUCAGAUCUCAGAGUCGGAUUUGAACGAGAGGUCAGCGAAUAAGGAAGACAGUGAGAAGGAGAGGCCGGAAGAGCAGGGGCCGAGAAUGGCUUUCUUCUCCAUUCUGACGGUCAAGUCGGCCCUGUUUGCGCUCAGGUACAAUAUCUUGACCCUUAUGCGAAUGCUCAGUCUGAAGAGCCUGAAGAAGCAGAUGAAAAAAGUCAAAAAGAUGACCGUGAAGGACAUGGUCACGGCCUUCUUUUCAUCCUACUGGAGUAUUUUUAUGACCCUCUUGCACUUCGUGGCCAGCGUUUUCAGAGGCUUUUUCCGCAUCAUUUGCAGCCUGCUGCUUGGGGGAAGCCUCGUCGAAGGUGCUAAAAAGAUCAAAGUUGCAGAACUCUUAGCCAACAUGCCAGACCCCACUCAGGAUGAGGUUAGAGGAGAUGGGGAGGAGGGAGAGAGGAAAACCCUGGAAGCCGCCCUGCCCUCUGAGGAUCUGACCGACUUAAAGGAGCUGACAGAAGAGAGUGACCUUCUUUCGGACAUCUUCGGCCUGGAUCUGAAGAGAGAAGGAGGACAGUACAAACUAAUCCCUCAUAAUCCAAAUGCUGGGCUCAGUGACCUCAUGAGCAACCCAGUCCCCAUGCCUGAGGUGCAAGAAAAAUUUCAGGAACAGAAGGCAAAAGAAGAAGAAAAGGAAGAAAAAGAAGAAACCAAAUCUGAACCUGAAAAAGCCGAGGGAGAAGAUGGAGAAAAAGAAGAGAAAGCCAAGGAAGACAAGGGCAAACAAAAGUUGAGGCAGCUUCACACACACAGAUACGGAGAACCGGAAGUGCCCGAGUCAGCGUUCUGGAAGAAAAUCAUAGCAUACCAACAGAAACUUCUAAACUAUUUUGCUCGCAACUUUUACAACAUGAGAAUGUUAGCCUUAUUUGUCGCAUUUGCUAUCAAUUUCAUCUUGCUCUUUUAUAAGGUCUCCACUUCUUCUGUGGUUGAAGGAAAGGAGCUCCCCACUAGAAGUUCAAGUGAAAAUGCCAAAGUGACCAGCCUGGACAGCAGCUCCCAUAGAAUCAUCGCAGUUCACUAUGUACUGGAGGAGAGCAGCGGCUACAUGGAGCCCACGUUGCGUAUCUUAGCUAUUCUCCACACGGUCAUUUCUUUCUUCUGCAUCAUUGGAUACUACUGCUUGAAAGUCCCAUUGGUUAUUUUUAAGCGAGAAAAGGAAGUAGCACGGAAAUUGGAAUUUGAUGGGCUUUAUAUUACAGAACAGCCUUCAGAAGAUGAUAUUAAAGGCCAGUGGGAUAGACUCGUAAUCAACACACAGUCAUUUCCCAACAACUACUGGGACAAAUUUGUUAAAAGAAAGGUAAUGGAUAAGUAUGGAGAGUUCUACGGCCGAGACAGAAUUAGUGAAUUACUUGGCAUGGACAAGGCAGCUCUGGACUUCAGUGAUGCCAGAGAAAAGAAGAAGCCAAAGAAAGACAGCUCCUUAUCAGCUGUACUGAACUCUAUUGAAGUGAAGUAUCAGAUGGUGGAAACUAGGAUCGUUUUCACUGACAACUCCUUCCUCUACCUAGCCUGGUAUAUGACUAUGUCUGUUCUUGGACACUAUAACAACUUUUUUUUUGCUGCUCACCUUCUCGACAUUGCUAUGGGAUUCAAGACAUUAAGAACCAUCUUGUCCUCAGUAACUCACAAUGGCAAACAGCUCGUAUUAACUGUUGGCUUGUUAGCUGUUGUUGUGUACCUGUACACUGUGGUGGCAUUCAAUUUUUUCCGAAAAUUCUACAAUAAAAGUGAAGACGGUGAUACACCAGAUAUGAAAUGUGAUGAUAUGCUAACGUGCUAUAUGUUCCACAUGUAUGUUGGAGUUCGUGCUGGAGGAGGGAUCGGGGAUGAAAUCGAAGACCCAGCAGGAGAUGAAUAUGAGAUCUAUCGAAUUAUCUUUGACAUCACUUUCUUCUUCUUUGUUAUUGUCAUUCUCUUGGCCAUAAUACAAGGUCUAAUUAUCGAUGCUUUUGGAGAACUAAGAGACCAACAGGAACAAGUCAAAGAAGACAUGGAGACCAAAUGCUUCAUCUGUGGGAUAGGCAAUGAUUACUUCGACACAGUGCCACAUGGCUUUGAAACCCACACUUUACAGGAGCACAACUUGGCUAAUUACUUGUUUUUUCUGAUGUAUCUUAUAAACAAAGACGAAACAGAACACACAGGACAGGAAUCUUAUGUCUGGAAGAUGUAUCAAGAAAGGUGCUGGGAAUUUUUCCCAGCAGGGGAUUGUUUCCGGAAACAGUAUGAGGACCAGCUAAAUUAAACAAACUCAGACCCCAAUCACCUCUCAAAACCAAAACCCCACCCCUCUCUCAAUUUCUCUGCUCUCUUGGAAACAUUUUGCUGAUUUUGUGAAUUGCCAGCGUUGUGUGUUUUCUGGGAGCAUCGAAACUCUGUUUCGGGAGACCUGUUUCCCCACCCCCCGCCACCGUCUGUAUUUACGUUGAGACUAAACACGGAAGAAUAAUCUAAAUUCAUACUCAGACAAAAAAAUGAAUUCUGGAAAGAAAACCAUUCUGGACACUGUCAUAACACACAUAGACAGAUUUUCUUCUGAGGCUCCUGGAGUCUCCUCGAGCUACGGGACCUUCACAGAGACGCGUGGCAGCCACACUCACCCGGCCUCUUUAUUUCACCAUCCUGGAAGGAAGCUGUCUAAUGGUCACAGAGCACUGUAGCACUUAACAGACUGCCAUGGACACCAGUUGCGAAGGGAAAUAGUGCCUUACUAUAUGUGGGUUGAGCUAUGCAGAAGAUAUGUGCAUGAAAAAACAUCUUUAUUUUCUUUAUGUCGACCUUUCUUUUCUUAGAUUGAUUUUAUGAGGUUUUUUUUUUUUUUUUCCUUUAGUCUUUUCUUUGGUGGGGGAGGGUAAGAAAAGCAGUUUGCACCUUAAAAAGAGAAAAAAAAAAAAAAAGCGGGUGGUGUGUCUCAGGACGAAAGGAGGCUCUUCUCAUUCAGCUACAUUCAUAUUUGCCCCCCCCCCCCCCGGCCCCCGCCAUAUGCUCCUGCUAUUAUUUUGGUAAUGCUCUGAUGCAACAUUGCAACUUUAUGAAAUCUUUGUAUGAAAACAAAAAGACUGCAAAAAAUACACUUUCAAAAGAAACCAUUCAUUGCAUGUUUAUUAUGCAAGUUUAAAUGAACAAAGAAAACCUUCGGAAACAAGUUGAUCAACGUGAGAGAAAUUUCAUGAUAAUUAUAUUCAUAGUAAUAAAGUGUCGUGGGCUUAAUUGUAUAUCUGGAGCCAGUGUCAUCCACCAACAAUGUGAUACGUUAUGAACUUGACAGUAGUUUUGGGCUUUUCUCUUUCUUUCAGCCACCUGUGAUCAGUUUUGUUGAUUAAGGACUUCUUGUCAGGUCAUUUUUUAAUAUUAAAGCUGAAGCAAUAUCCAUUCAGGGAUUUCAUCAGUUGCAUCACAAAACACGGAUGAUAAUAUACAUCACUCCAUUUUUUUCCAUUUUGAGUCCUUUUAAAUGUAAUGCUAACCUUUACAAUUAAAAAGUCAGAUUCAGAAUGGAAACAAGGUCAUUUUGCAAACAUUGGAGCUCUUUUAUUACAAGUCUGCUUGUUAAUUUUAGAAUUGUAAAACCGCUCUGAUUAAACUAUUUAACUAAC